GAGAAAAACCUCUUAUAAAGCCCUAUAGGCCCAUUUAAGGGCUAUGAUAAUUGAGAGAUCGUUAAGUGGGAGAGUAUCGAACCCUAGUGCGAGGUCAAAACCAAACUUUAACGGACGUCAUAAUUGACCACUAGCCUGCACGAUCUUCUCUUCUUAUUUUUAAUUUUUGUUUUUCUUUAUCUAUGCGAUAAUUAGGCGCAGACCCUUCCCGGCCAAUCUUUUCCGAGUAGCUAAACCCUAGCGACGGCAACAAUGGCCUAGAUUCGACGGAUCGUUUCGUGGUUUAUCGGAGGGUGGUGACACUUUGGUGAGAGUGAGAUUAUCUGUGAAACAUAGAAAACGAAGUGAUGGAUUUUGAUUUUGAUGAUCAACCCUCGGAUCAUACUGCUCCAGCAGUAAGGGCUGGUGCAAGGUUUAAACCAAAAGGUAGACCACAACCCAAGAAGAAGCAAGUCUCUUUUUCAACAACCCAAACAACACUGCCUACCAAUGUUGCCAAGGAAAAAAUCUCAACACCCAGCGUAGAUUCGGUUUCUCUAGACGGAUCAACGUCUAUUCCCAGCAAUGUUUUACCUUCUGAGAUUAAUGUCCCGGAUAAUGGGACCAUUAACCAAUCUACCAUUGAAAUAAUAUCAGAAGAGAAUGUAGAUGUAUUCUCAAGAGAAGUUCACUGGUCUAGGGAUGCAUCUGUUCUUCGUGCUUGUAAUCAUGUGGAUUUAGGGGGGGAAAGAUGUGAUGGUGGCGAAGAGGCGGCGUCUGCAUUUCCUGAUGAUCCCAGAACACAAGAUUCUACAAUAUUUCGAGAUUUUGUAACUCCUGAAACCGGGGAAGAUGAGGGUCGUUUGGAUAUGGAAACUCUUGAUAUUAUACAGGAGGAAGGCACCACCAGUUCAUAUGUGCAACAUACUGGGAAGUUCCAACCAAAACCUAGAUUGCUCGACACUGUGGUUGAAGAACCUGGGCGUCAUUACUCUGUUGGUGGUACUGGUUAUUUUUCAAUGGAUACUAAUGACCCUGAGUUAAUGGUCAAUAUGGAAUCAAGAAACGGUUUCAGUACUUAUGGACAUCUUCAAGAAGAAGAACUUAAUGUUCCUGAAGCCCCCAGAGAAACGGUUCCUGAGAUGGAGGCCCGAAAUGCUUCUGGCGGAUGGGAUAACUAUACAGGUACAGGAGAAGAAGAAAAUGGUUUUGGCAAUACAUUUGAAGAAGAACGGUCUGGAAGAGAAAGAAAAAAGGGAAAAUCGAAGGGAGCUCGAAAGCGAAAAAACACGAGUGAAGAAGCGCCAAAUAAGUCUAGCGAAAAACCAGAGAAAAAAUUCAAACAUUCAAGUCGUCGACAAAAGAGAACAUUGGAGACGGAAUUGCUUGAAACCCCGGAUGAAGAAAUCAGAUCUCUGCCUAUUAGAGAUAUGCUACGCCUUGUUGAAUAUAAAGAAUGGAUGGCGAAAAAAGAAGCCAAGGGAGGUGUUGUGCCACCGACCCAAGAAAGUACUAUGAACGCAUCAGGGAGUCAGUAUUCGUCUCAAGGAUUUGAUGAAGAAGAUGAUUUUGGUAUGGAGUCGAGUGAAUAUCAAGAAACUAAUGUAGUUAAACCAGACUCACCUGUUAACUAUCAAACGUACAUGAACAAGACUUCCAGAACUCGAUGGUCAAAGGAAGAUACAGAAAUCUUCUAUCAGGGGCUUCGAGAGUUUGGGAGCAAUCUAUCAUUUAUACAACGCCUGUUUCCGAAUAGAACACGGGAACAGAUGAAGCUCAAAUUCAAAUUGGAAGAACGUAGAUAUCCAUUGAAGAUUAAUGAUGCAUUGUCAAGUCGGCCAGAAGUUCUAAUUCAUUUUCCGAAGGUGAUUAAGAAGCUUCAAGAGGAAGCAGCGGCUGCGAAAGAAGCCGAAGAAGAAGAGGAAGAAGCCGGCGCAGAGGCAGAGACAAAUGAUGCUCCCGAGAAUGAGGAGGAGCCGGAGAAGCCUGAGGAGACGAAGCGGGCAAGUGAUGGAGUAGAUGCAACGAAGGAAUCGGACGGUGGGAAUAUUGAGAAUGGCGUGAGAUCGGACGGUGGAGAUGAAUGUGACGAUAAUGAAGGAGACGAUGAUUUUUGGAAUUCUUACAAGAGUGACAUGUAAUAAACAAAUGUUGUCAUUUUGUCGCGAUUAAAUAAAGUAAUCUUUCGAUCGAAA